AUAGAUUACUCGCAUGUCACUACCCGGGAAGCCAUUUGUAAACAUGCGUCAAAACGAAAGUAGCCAAGAUUGCUGUGAAUCGAUCAUGGCUACCACCAGAAGCUCUUAUUCUCCUAAUGUGGGAUGUUUGUAACAGGCAAAAUAAAGUUUUCAUGAUGGCUGCAUCGUCAGACGAGAGGUUCAAGGUGCUGGUGGCUGCCCUAGACUUUGGUACAACAUACUCUGGCUAUGCCUUUUCCUUCAAGGCUGAUUACACAGAUGACCCUUCUAAAAUUACUGCUAACACGACGUGGACGACCGGAAGCAAGAGUCUAUUCUCCCAGAAAACCCCGACUUGUCUUCUGCUGCGUCCUGACCAAACAUUUCACUCGUUUGGAUUCGAGGCCGAGGAGCACUAUUCAAGUCUUGUCGACAAGGAUGAGCAUCACUCGUGGUACUACUUCCGCAGGUUCAAGAUGCUUCUGCAUAAUAACAUGGAGCUAACACGCGACACAAAAGUCCGCGAUGAGAGUCGAGAGAAGGGGAAGGAACUCCCUGCCCUAGAUGUGUUUGUCCAUUCCAUACGAUAUCUGAAAAACCAUCUUUUAAACCACCUGAAAAAGAAAAGUGUGGCCAACUUAAUUGGAGGAGAAGGUGAUGAAUAUAUCCACUGGGUACUGACUAUUCCCGCGAUAUGGAAUGAUAGGGCUAAACAGUUCAUGAGAGAGGCUGCGAAAAAGGCAGGAAUAAAAAGCACCAACCUCAGCCUUGCCCUUGAGCCCGAGGCGGCUGCUUUGUUCUGUAAGAUACUGCCUCUUGAGAAACAGACAACAGAAAGCGGAACUAAUCUGUCCAUGCUUAAACCAGGAACUCGCUAUAUGGUGCUCGACUUAGGAGGGGGAACCGUUGACGUCACCGUACAGGAAGUCCUGCCUGACCACACCCUUAAGGAACUCCACAAGGCCAGCGGAGGGGCCUGGGGAGGGACCAAAAUCGACGAGGCCUUCCUUCAACUGAUCAUUAGCAUCGUGGGGGCUCCAGUCUUUCAACAGUUCAAAGAAAAAUAUCCCAAGGAUUAUUUGGAACUGGUACAAAGCUUCGAGACUAAAAAGCGGGCUGUUAAUACCAGCAGCAAAGAAACCUUUCGAAUCCCAGUAUCUCUGGUCGAACUUUUUGAAACCGAAUCCGAGGAAGACUUGAGCUCGUUGAUAUUACAAACUCGACAUACAGGUAAACUAAAGUUGGAUGGUGACAAAUUGAUCAUGUACGGGGAAAUGAUUAGUGAAAUGUUCCAACAUUGCCGCGAAAGCAUCGUUGAACAUGUAGAGAGUCUUUUUGCCCAUCCGUUUUGUAAAGAUGUGGACAAAAUUUUGAUGGUUGGGGGUUUCUCUGAGUGCGUAAUAAUUCAGGAAGCAAUCAAAAAAAGAUUUCCAAACAAGAGAGUGGUCAUUCCCCCGGAUGCAGGUUUGGCCAUUGUUAAAGGCGCCGUAUUGUUUGGCCACAAUCCGAAAAUGAUUAUUUCCAGAAAUACAAAAUGGACCUAUGGUGUUCAAACCAACAGAAAUUUCAAACCAGGAGAUCCGCCAGACAAAAUGUUUAAAGUUGGAAAUGUUGAAAAAUGUAAAGAAAUCUUCAGUGUCCACAUCGGGGUCAAUAAAACCGUAGAAGUGGGGACCCCACUCCCACCCAAACGAUACAGGGCGUUACACAAAGACGAUGAAACGAUUGAUAUUCCGAUCUAUAUUUCAUCAGAAGAACAACCCGAAUUCACGACCGACUCCUCGUGCUCUUACUUGGGAAAACUCACAAUUGAACUGCAGAAAUCCAACAGUGACCGAGAAAUUGAGGUCGGAAUGACUUUUGGCGGAACGGAACUGGUAGUGGAAGCCAAGGGCACAAAAAACAAAGAGGUGUGUGUCGCCAAGUUUGACUUUUUGGAAUCCAAGGAUAAACAAUCUUAACUGUUUGUACAUUUGAAAUUGAUAUUGGAAUAAUGCAUCUCUCAGACAUCGUUUAAUUGCAAACGAAAUGCCAUGACACUUUUUAGAUGCGCAUCAGGUGAUAUGAUUUAAAGAUGCAUGUAUGAAUACGUUACCGUAUGAUCGAUUUAUUGAUUUAUUUAUUUUUGUAUUAUGUGUACCUUUCAUCUAUUAGAAUAUACUUUGAACCCCAAAAGGUUGGCCAUUU